AUGAUUGACAUCCGUGCUUCGUUUACUUGGAGCACAGUUCCACUCGGCAAGCGCCUCCCCAAUCCGGAUCGAACGCAAAAUCGCAAGAAACGGAAGACUCGCGAUGUUGAUGAUGUCAGAGAGCCCGAUCGACAGCGCUUGCGCCUUGACACAGAAAUCCGAGGCGUCCGCAUCAAGCCUGCUGUUCGCUUGGUAGGCAGGGACGUGGACUUGCACGUCGUCAACGGGGGCCAUGAACGAGAGUUUAAUGGGGCAGGUGACAAUGAGGAAGGUGAACGCACGGCUAACGAGCGAGCCGCCAAAAUUUACGAGCAAUUGUUCCUUGACCUCAUCGAGGAGGCGCCUAACCGGAAAUCUGCGCAGCGUGGAUCAUACCUCACGAUCCCUGUCGACAUGCGCUGCGAGCUGGCGCGGCCAGAGCUUUUACAGACCGCGGAACUUCCAUUCGAACUAGCUCAAUACUGUGUCUGCACCCCAGAGCAGUGGGAUAUGCACUUCAAUCGCCUUUUCCCCAAAUCUUACGACGAAGCUGCUAGCAGUCCUGGUCGUCAAAACUAUGGGAAAUGUACAUACUACAGCGAUUAUCUUGCUCUUGCUCGUGUCAUAUCAGGCAACGCCCUCGCCAAGACCAGGUGGGCACUAAGGGUCGAGUUCGAUAAGCUCGUGUGGGUGCCAUACACUCAAUCGGACCGCAUCUGGUCGACCAAAAACAUUAACACAUCCACAUGGAGGGCGCUUCCUUCUGGGAAGAAAGGAGGCCCAUUGAUUGGCAUUAACCCGAGGCGCGCCCGGGAACGGGUCACCCUGCGGGCGUUUGAUCAGCCUCGUGAGGGCGACCAGCUUGCGGCAGACUCUGAGGGGGAGAUGGAGGAUUGA